UGAUAAUUCGGCGAUAAAGUUAGCAUCUCGCUUUGAAGUUCAACCGUUUAACACCAAAAUACCUAGGUACUAUUGUGACUACUGUGACACUUACUUGACUCAUGAUUCUCCUUCAGUUAGAAAACAACACAAUGCUGGAUACAAACACAAGGCAAAUGUAAGGAUUUAUUAUCAAAAGUUUGAGGAACAGCUAACACGGGCUUUUAUAGACCAAAGGAUCAAAGAGCGUCUUGGACAGGCAGCAGCAUACCAACAAAUUGGUGCUGCAUAUAAUCAACACCUUGCAGCUUUCCCUGUCCAAGCUCCACGCAUGCCUAUCAUGCCACCUCAUCUGCUUCCUAUUCCUGGAGCUCCAUCUCCUCAGUUAGUCCCUGGAGUGAGACCUCCCAUACUGCCUAGACCUCUUCCUGGUGCUCCAGCUUAUGUAGU